AUGAAUAAAAACUAAACAAUAUUCGAAGAGGUCUGCACCAAUUCAAUAUACUGUUAAAACGAUUUAUGCUAAUUGGAUCAUUCCAGGAUAUACGUUGGAGUUUGCAUAGAUUUAUUAAGGGCAGAAUAAUAAUUUUAUAAUGAUGGAGGAGAAGAUUUCAAAUAAUUAAUUUGCAAUAAUUCUAAUUGCAACUUAUAUCACUUCAAUGAGGAGAAAUUUAAUAAUUUAAAGAGUGGAAUAACCAUUAAUGGAAUAUUUCCUCAUAAUCUAUGUCGUUAGGAUUGUAAAUUUAAUUGUAAUUAUAUACACAGAGAAUGGGCUUAAAAUGUAUGUUUAAAUAAUAUUGUUAAAAUCUGCCGUAAUAAAAAUUGUAAAUUUGAACAUAAAGAAUGGUAAUCAUUAAAAGAAAAAGCCAAAGCUUGUUCAAAAAUUCAAUUUAUUACACCUGAGGAAAUAUUUUCUAAAGAUAAGUAUGAUUGUGGAAAAUACUCAUAUUUAUUGAAAGAUUAUUGUAACCUUUAUAUAUAGGGUUUGUGUAGAAAUAAAAAGUGUUAAAAAAAUCAUAUAGAUUGGGAAAAUAUUGAUAACAAAAUGAAUUAAACAAAUUCUUUAAAAUCUUGUAUUGUUAUUGCUUAAGAAAGAAAAAAGUAAAUUCAAACUACAAGUGAUGAAGUGUAAUUAUUUUGCAAAUAAUCAGAAUUUUUUCAUUAUUAAAAGAGGUUUGAUCAAUAAAAUAUUAUAGACGUUGUUUUUAUAAUGGAUUUAACUGAAUCGAUGAAGCAAUGGAAAGAACAUAUGCAAAAUACAAUGGAUACAAUAAUAGAUAAAUUUAUAAAAUCAAUUAAUGGAUAUCAAGUUAGAGUAGCAUUUGUAGGUUAUAGAGAUAUAUGUGAUAAGGAGGACUAGAUAGUUUAUUGGAGUUUUACUAAAAAAAUUGAUGAACUUAAGAACUUUAUAAAGGGAUUAGAAGCUAAAGGAGGUGGAGAUUAUGCUGAGGAUAUAGUCUCUGGAUUCAAAUAAGCUUUUUAACUUAAUUUUUCUCACCAUGAAGACAGUUUAUUAUGUACAUUUUUACUUGCUGAUGCUCCUUGUCAUGGAAAAGCUUAUCAUAAAUAUCAUAACUUUUAAUCUGAUAAUCAAUUUGAUAAAAUGCCUAAUAACUAUUUUGAAGAUGUUUUGGAAAAAUAUAAAAAAAUUAAAAAAAAUAAUUUUCUGUGUUGUAUUAAAAUUAAUGAUACUACAGAUAUUAUGUUUGAAAAAANAUACAUAAAAUUAUAAAAUAAUUUUCAUAUGUAAUAAUAAUAUUGA